UGAUAUAAUGAAUUACCUGGAGCUUCAUCAUCAGCAGGUGGUUACAGUUGAAACCUCACUUCCUUGACAACUGGACGGAUGCUAGGCCACGCCCCUUGCGUCCCGUCUCCACGGAGACCGACUAAGUCUACUGUGAGUCUACUGUGAGGAAAAAGAGGAGUUUUGAGAGUAUAUUUAGGCACCUGGAGGAGGACGAGGUCUGUGGUCUGUUUACAUUUGCUCACCGAUAAGUAAGUAAGAAAUGAGUGAAGAAGAAAAGGAAGGUUCACGUGAUGUGACGUCAGACAGCAGUGGACUGCUGGGUGUCCACCUUAGCUCUGAUCAUGACACUGAGGAUGAAGCGUCAGACCAGGAGCUUCCUCUUCCUCCUGGUUUAGAUUGGUUAGAUGACUUAUCUGAAGAGGAUGAUGGUGAGGGUGACUUUAAGGUUGGAGCUGAUUAUGGUAAGAAGAGGAGUUAUGCCGAGACUGCACGGAUGUUCAAGCUGCGGCGGAACCUGGACCAGCUGGACUCUUUUCACCAACAGAAGGAGCAUGACGUGCUGAAAGCCAGGGAGGCGCUGAACCUGUGUUGCCAGAAUAUUAAAAGUUUGCUGGAGCAGAGGGAUAACUUGGAGGAUGAGAUAGAGCAACAGAAAGCAGCAGACAACAGCGUGGCUGUGUUUCGUUUACGAGCCCAGCAUAAGAAUUUGUGUCAAAGGCUGCAGAGUGAAGAGGAGUUGGAAGGCCACAUCAACACUGAGCUGAAGCAGCUGGAACUGGAGCUGAGUAAAGUGGAGCUCGAGCUUGGCAAGUUUUCGGCACUUCGGCAGGAGGUGCAGGAAGAAGAGCGAAUCUUCCAGAUCCUUAAGGCCCAGAAGGCAGCAACAAGGCUGCAGCAGGAGAGGGAAGCCGGCCAGAACCUGCAGCUCAAGAUGCAGCAUCUCAGAGAUAAACAAGCAGCGAUGAUGAGGAAAGAGGAGCAAGAGAGUCAGAAGAAAUUUGAAGAGAGCCAGGCACACCGCAAGACGGCUGCCAAGUACCUGAAGCAGUCCACGAGAAGGAUCCAUCAGCAAGAGGCGGAGAAGGAGCAACAGAACCAGCAGUUACUGGAGAAGAGGAUACAAGCUGUCGAGUCACUGAAAUCUAACAUCGCAGCCGCACAAGAAACCUUACGGGUCCAACAAAUCAGAGUUAAAGCAAAUGCCCAGAAGAAAGAAAAGCAACAGAGACAACUGAAAGAAUCCCUGCAGACCCAAGACAUCACCAGUAUCAAGCAUAUGUACCAACAGAAAAAACAAGAGGAGAUAAAACAAAAACAAUUGGAAUUCAAAGAGAGACAGCAGUCAAAGAAGGUGGAGAUUGUGGCAAAAAUGCUUCAGGAGGAACAACUGGUAAUGAGCAGUAAGAGGCAUCAAGCAAAAAUGCCUAAACCUUCAACCGCUGACAGGCUGCCAUCUCCAGGGAAGGCAAGAGAGAAUCUCCUGCACUACCUGGAUCCCAGCCCCCCAUCACCCACAGAAGAGAGAGACACAGUUCAGUCAAGACAGUUCAGUGGCACCAGCAGCUCAUCGUCAGCUUCCUCUAACGAUGAGGACUCAGAGGACACCACACAACAGGAAGUGGACCACCAGAGGCUCACUGACAGCUUGGCUGAGCCUGAAUUCUGUGGGCUGUGGGACCAGAACUACAAGAUGCUCCCAAAUGAGAAGACUACAGUGGUGCAAACAAAAGUACAGGUGGAAGAACCUGCACUGGCGUGUGGAAAACCCAGCGUACCAGCUAAGAAAGUUCAUGGAAAAGAGUUGAAAACGGCUCCAUUCACCAGCAAACCAGAGGUCAUCCUCUUCAAGGACUUUGAAGUGGGGCAAACGUAUAAGAAGAAAAUUGUUCUGACAAACGUCGGCUACACAACGAACCACUGCAAGCUUCUGGGAAUGUGCACAAGACUGACGGAUUUCGUCUCUAUCAACUUUGAGUCUCCAGGUUUUUUAUCUGCUGGGAUGUCCUGUGAACUACAGGCAGUUUUUCAACCUAUGAUUAACGAGGACAUGGAUGGACACAUCCUGUUUACAUCUGGAGCAGGUUCCUUCUCUGUGCCUGUCCGAUGCACCACCAAGAAAUGUGAACUGGAGGUUGACAGCCAGUUACUUGACUUUGGUUCACACGUGGUGGGCCAGACUAUUUCACGGACUAUCACCUUGAUGAACAAGGGCGCACUGGGCACCCUCUUCAGCCUGGACACGUCCACAUGUCUCAUUCCAGAAACUCACUAUGUCCAGACGCCAUUACCAGUCCCUGCUGUCAUAUGCCAGGAGACAAAUGAUCAAAGCACAACAUCCAGCAGUCAGAAUAGCUCCACGUCCACGUCCACGGACACUGGAGAAAUCCAACCACAGCCAGACAGUCAGGAGCCGGCUGAGGCAACACAGCAUGAGAAAUCAAAUGAAGGAACAGAAGCUGUUGGUGGAGCUCGUCUGUUGACUGUUGUCGAAGUGCAGGCUGACGAGAGCGUCCAAGACUCCAGUGAUAUAAGUCUAGGAAAUGUUCAAGAUGGGGAGAUUGGACCAUUUCAAAGCAUCAAACUGGAAGUUGUUUUCACUCCAACUGUUCCAGGAGAGGCCAAACUGGGCUUCCUCAUCAAGUUCUCGCACCCAUCCAGCAAACCAAUACCCGUCCAGGUGAGGGGAAUCGCAGUCAGCAUUCCUGUGUGGGUGAUUCAGCCCAACAUUGAUCUGAAGAUCUGUAUGUUCGACUGCUUAUAUCAAGACACCAUCACAGUCCAAAGCAGAGCCAGCACAGCGCUGAAGGUGACCUUUGAGGUGUGCCCAGAAAUGAGGAAACACAUGGACAUCGUGCCAAAGACCGGCUUCAUCCAGGCCCAAUCCAGCUUUAACGCCCAACUCAGGUUCCUGCCCAGGCUCUCCCUAUCCAAAGAUGUCAAGACGUGUUUUGACAGUGACACAGGAGUCCUGGAGGUUCCGGCUGAAGUGCAAGUCGCAGGCCAGGUGCAGCCGGUCCAUUUAACAGUCCAUGCGGUGGUGACCUCCUCUGACCUGCAGUUUGAGAGCACUGAGGUGGACUUUGGCUACUGUUCCAUUUUCCAGUCAGUCAAGAGCAGCGUUCGCCUGACCAACAUGUCGUUACUGCCUCAGGACUUUGGCUUCUUGGACGCCCCAGAGUUCAUUGAGGUCCAGCCCAAUGACGGCUUUGGCACUCUGCUCCCACAAGAAACUCUGCAGAUUGAUCUGAUUUUCAGUCCCAGCAAGGUCAAAGACUACAAUUUCCAGCUCCACUGCAAGUCUGGAAUCAACAGAGAUUUCCUGCUGUCUUGCCGAGCAGUGGGCGUCCGCCCUCCGCUGGAACUCUCCCAUUCACUGGUAAAGUUUGGGGCCACAGCGUUAGGGGAUCACUCCACCGCCGUACUUUACCUGAUUAACCCUCAAACCAGCCGGAACCAGUCCAAACCACCUGUCACAGCAGCGGCCAAGGACGCUUUGACUCCUGUAGCACCCCGGCUGUUCUCCUUCGUUCUGCCCAAGAAGUGUUCACACGUCAGCAUUGCCCCGUCCACGGGACGCCUGCUCCCGGGUGAGAAAUGCCUGGUUCAGGUGACGUUCAGGCCCAAGCUGCUGGAGCAAGAAAUCAAACGAGAGGUGAUACGUCUUCACCAGCAAGCCAGGUUACUCCGUGAGAGGGAGUUGAAUCUGAUAAAAGAGCAGGAGGCGAAGGAAAGCAGCAAAAAAAAGAAAUCAUCUGCAAAACGCAGAAACAGCAAGAUGUCAGACGAACAAAACACAUAUGAACGCAUCGAGUCACCAAAACCUGACGACUUGCAGCAAGGGUAGGGUGUUUUCUUUUCUUUUAUAUAUUCCUCACUUUGUGUCAAAAUGCAUUUAAGAAAACGUGUGAAAUAAAAAUGUGUUCAUAAAUAUUCUAUUGCCAAAUAUCAAAGAUUAGUACUGCAAAAAGAGAGGGAAUU